AUGGCGGCCAUUUUAAAACCCCAAGUUUUGAAGGAUGAUGGCAUGGAAAAUAAAAGUAGCCAACUUUUUUAAACUCAGCAACUCAAGAAUUAACAAUGUUGAACGGUAUUGUUAUUCUAAUAUUUCCAGAGAGAUAUUGAGACUAAUAGAACAAAACGUAAUAAAAAAUGGACGUUAUUUUGAAAAAAAUGGCCGCCAUUUUGAAUCUCAAGCUUUUUACUGAUGACGUAGAAGAAAAAAAUUGUACCAAACUUUUUUGAAAUCAGCACCGCAAAAUUGACAAAGUGAUAUUCGUUGUUCAUUCUUCGAGACGAAGCAAUUUCCGAUUCCAGAUAAAGAUUAAAGAAUUCAACGCUUAAUUCUGAUCAAUUAAUUCAUUCGUUAUUUUUUGGUUAGUGUAUGCCAUCACUCGAUAUAUCGUUAUCAAUUACAAAAAUAACAAUAGUUUAUAUUGUAAAUACGGCAACAGUAACUUCUAAAAUUAGCACUAAUUAUUCUAAUUCUUUACUUCUGUCAAUCAAAAAUUGAAAAUCAACAUUCUGACCAAUCAGAAUGCUCCGGUAACCCAGCUGCCGGGGAGAACUCGGAAUGUGUAGUUUUUGGGCACGCGGUAUUUCUAGCUUCCCUUUCUCUCGUGCCUGCGAAUACCGCCUGCUACGCAGGCUAAGACACCAUGAAAAGUUCGAAGAUAAAUAAUAUAUAGUAAAAGUAUUUUUAGUGUACCUCGAUUUGCAAAUUAUUAUUGGUUUGUAAAGUUUUAAAGUAAACGUCGUAUAAUUUAUACUAGAAAAUACAUGCAUGCAGAAACCCUCGCCUUGCUGAUAAAACCAUUGUAUUUUCCGAACAUGAAGUAUCUAAGGUAGUUGUCAUGGUAACACGAUAAUUAUUUAAGAAUAUUCUUACAAAUGAAAAAUCGCCUAAAAAUAUCACUUUUAAUUACAAAAUUAUUAAUUUCCCAACACAUAUAUGUUAGGUAUGUUAUUAUACAGAUAGAUAGAUAGAUAGAUAGAUAGAUAGAUAGAUAGAUAGAUAGAUAGAUAGAUAGAUAGAUAGAUAGAUAGAUAGAUUAAUAGAUUUUACAUGGCAGCCGAAUUCGCUGAAUUGCGUAAAAUUAUCAAAACUUACAUAUUACAAGCAAAUUAAAAAACAACACAUACAUAAUUACAUAUUAUUGAAUGUAAUAGUAUUACAUAUUAUAUGACAUCAGCGCAAAUUCAGUUAUGUCCCCCACCGCCACCACCGCUAAAUAGAGAUCAACCAAAGUUUUAGCACAACUAAAAAAAAAAAACAUGCAUAAAACAAAUGGUUGACGCGAGGCAACCUGAAAAAAAUGGUGGUGGAAGUUAUAUCAGAACCCCACCAAUAUCCUUUUAAACUACUCCUUUGACAUAGAAACGACAAAAGUGUUCCUAAAACGAUUUGUUCGUGUGGUCGGACAGUCAAAAGGUCGCUGUCUUCUCAGAUUAUAUGCUGAGAUAUUCUUGGGUGGCAGAAGAUGGUGAAGUUUGUGCUCGGUAUCAGAUAUAACUGAUUGAAAUAGUUUUUUUAUAAUUACACAGUUUUAGCCGCCUGUCUCUCAAGGAACAAAAAUUCAAUUUCAUAAGAUUGUCCGUAUAUGAUAACCCCGGGGAUAUUAUGGACAGCGCACGCUUUUGAAUGCGCUCAAGGUCAUCACAUAAAUAUGCAGGGGAGCAUGAUGGAAAACAGGAGCACAAUACUCGAGAACCGGUUUAAAAACAGUGCAGUAAAAAUUGACAAUAUCACAAGCAGGGACGUUAGCACGCUUGAGCAAGAUCAAGAAAUACAAACGUUUAUUCGCUUUCUUGAUUGCUUCGUUUACAUGGUCAACCCAUUGGAGUGAACUGGAUAUGAUAACUCCCAACACCUUGGCACUGCUAACCAGUUCGAGUUCUUUGGAGUUGAUUGUGAUUGCGUUAAACUGUUGUUUCUGUCUCUUGAAGUCAAUGACCAUUUCUUUACACUUGUCAGCAUUCAGUUGGAGCUUGUUGACAUUAGACCACCUCUCGACAUCAGUAACGGCGUUUUGGAUAAAGGUUUUGCCAUUCCGUGGAACAACCUCAGCUAACGUGGUGUCAUCUACAUACUUCCAAGCAUGCGCUUCAGAUGGAUUGAAAUCAUUGAUCAUUAACAGGAACAACCAGGGUCCUAGCUUAGUUCCCUGAGGGACACCAGAUGGAACAGCACCCCAUUGAGAGAAACAAUCAUUUGACAACUUUACACGUUGGAAUCUGUUUGAUAGGAAAUCACACACACAGCGAGCUACACCAAAUGGUAUUCGAAGGGAAAGGACUCUGUCAACUAGAAUUCGGUGGUCGAUCAGAUCAAAGGCUUUUUUAUAGUCUAGCAAUAUGAUCCUCUCUGCUGCACCUGUUCCAUCUGUGGCAGACGUCCACGCAUGCAUCAUGGAUACAAGAGCCUGAGUAGUAGACGACUUCGGGAUGGCACCAAAUUGAUUGGGAUCGAUGAUUUCAAGAACAGCAGGUCCAACAUAAUUCACAACGAUAAAGUCCUCAGCUAACUUCGAUAGAGCUGAUGUAGCGAGAUGGGUUUUAUAUGCUUAGCAAUUAUUGAAACCGGUUUCGUCUUAGGCAGUGGUGUGAUAUUGGCAUAUUUCCAUGAUGAUGCUGGAAGCGCUUGUUCCUCAAAUGAACUGUUUAAGAUGUUACAAACAGGGUUUGCAAGAAAUUCUGCAUAUUCUUUAAGUAGCCAGUUAGGCAACUCGUCUGGACCACACGCUUUGCGGGGGUUUAACGUUAGUGAUCUCGAAUACACAGAAUAAACAUCAAGUUUUAAUACCUCGGAUUUUUCAUCGAAUGGCAGAAGACAGGCAAGUGGCUGGUAUGCUUGCAUGGGUUCGAGGAGAGAGGUGUUAAUAAGGUCUGCUAGAUACUUAUUUGACUUUACAUCAAUGCCGUCAAUGUGAAGCUGCGAGCGAAUAUCAACAUUGGACGUUGCAGGGACCAUCCCCGAGAUAUUUUUAACCUCGUUUCCAUCACAUGCUCGGUUUGGUAUUUUUUAGGUUCGCAACUCUAGUGUUGUAAUACCGGCUGCGAAGCUCCUUUCGCUGACGAUUAACCACGAUACGAAGCUGUCGAUACCUGACUUGAACACCUUCAGCGUAGGCUUUCUGGCGUUGUUUGAUCAAACUUUUGAAUUCAGGGGUGACCCAGGGAGCGUCGUUGACGUGUAGUUUAACAGACUUUAGUGGCAUGAGAAUAUCAACACCAGUUUUAAUCAGAUCUCCAAAAAGUAGUGACUUGUUUUCACAUUCAGUGAUGGAAUCAACAACCGACCAGUCAAUCGAGCUAAGAUACCUCCCGAGUUCAAGUCUUCGGCUCAAUCGAGUAUCCCUCCGAGUCACGAAACGACAGCUGCAACUUCGAACGGUUCUUGAUUUAGGCUUUAACAAUAACACCGAAAGGUGGAAAGCUUUGAACUGAGUUCUUCUCAUACAGUUGAGGCAUGUUCGCAAUAAUGAGGUCGAGAGUCCGCUCACCUCUCGUUGGACCAUGGACGAGUUGAUUUAGCUUGAAUUGCUUAAGGAGACGACUUACGUUCAAACCAUUAAAGUUACCAGUAAGCAAUAUCCCACAACCAGGGUAACGUCCUUCGAUAGUUAUCAGCGAUGAAGCGAGGUAAUUCAACAUCGUAUUGUCUUAGGCGCCUACAGGAUAGUGGGUGUGAUACACAGUUUCAAAUACUAUACAAGGGAUACCUCUGGGAAGUCGCGCGGGUUUGACGUAUGUCCAUAGCACCUCAAAACUAAACUGCCUUUUUAAAAUGACUUUAUCGAUAAACUUUGAGUUUGCAAUAAAAUGAUUUCAAAUUCUCGCUUGUAAAUAACUUUGCUUUCUUUUUUAUUUAAAAAAUUCAAUAUCAUAAAAAAGGGAAUCAAUAUUAGAGAUAAACUAAAAUUAUAUGCUGUCUUGUUUAGUUGUUUCAUAUACGCAAAGGCCGUCGGGUUUUAAAUCCAUUAUAAAAUCAAUAUUUAAAACAACCUUACCAUCGUUAACAUCGGCUCCCUUCUUUUAGCCGUUUUUUCGCAGUUUCUUUCUGAGAGAGCUUUUGAAAUUUACAAAAUCUUGCAAAAAUGCGAGCAAAAUUGAAAUAUAUUUGCAAGAAAUUUACAAUCAUCAAAUCAAGAAAGGUUUGCUAUUUCGCUGUCGUCAUGCAGUCGUUAUAAUGCAAACUUUAAAUUGGACCAAUCAGGGUCCGCUAUUCAUGACAGUCCACCAUAUUUUUGAGGUCAGUGAGGAUGACCACCCACCCAACAUCGUUGGUCACCCACGCCCGCGAUAAUUGAUGAACUUUAGACUUCGCUAAUGCUUUCGUUUCCCCGGGUGUAAAUAGCCGGGGGGGGAUUAGUAUUCUCGCACGGCGCUUCGCGCCGUCAGCUCGGGAUUAUAGCCACAAUUAUAUUAUUCUUCCCCAGACUCUUACGUUUUUCUUUUAUUUCUUAAGGUGGUCUGCAAAUACAAGUCGAUGGCAAUGUAUUCCCUCCUAGUUCGAAUGCAACAGCACUGGAUAGUGGUAUUAUUCUAUCUCUUGUCAACAACACAUUUGAAAUAGGAACACCGCUUGGAAAUGGAAUACGAAUUAAAGAAGCAGCACACGGCACGUUUUUUACAUUUGUAACGGCGUUCUUAUCUUCUUACGAAAAUUCAUCAGUUGGAUUAGCAGGGAAAUGGAACGGCAACAUGGAUGACGACUUCACCCUACCGAAUGGAACCGUUUUACCAAUUAAUAUGAAUGACUCAGAAAUUUUUCAUAAUUUUGGUGAAGCAUGUGAGUUUAUUUCUAGUUAUUACACACAGUCAAUAGACCUUUCUUAA